AUGCAAGCGAUCGCGCCUCUCUUCUUCGGAGACCUGAGUGAUCAGAUUGGAAGGCGACCGGUGUACAUGAUGACCUUCUCGAUUUACAUCGGUGCAAAUGUGGGCCUGGCGCUGCAGAAUAACUAUGCAGCCCUGAUGGUACUGGGAGCCAUGCAAAGUACGGGCAGCAGUGCUACCGUGGCCAUUGGAAGCGCAGUAAUCGGUGACCUGACGACAAGUGCUGAUCGUGGACGGUACAUGGCAGCUGUGCAAGCCAGCGUACAGUUUGCUCCAGCUCUGGCGCCGGUCAUCGGUGGGCUGCUCUCGCAAUAUCUCAGAUGGAGAUCCACGUUCGGGUUCCUCGUCAUUCUCACAGGCUUGUUCCUGUUGACAGCGAGGAAAGUAGUCGGCAACGGCUCCGUACCUCCACCAAGAAUGAGCAACUCGCUCAUCUCAGCUCGCUUACACCGUAAACGGGCUGCAUCAAACACCAACCCAGAAUCAAGCCCUCGGCAGCAGACAGCCGGCCCUGCGAAGCUUCCUCGCAAAAUCCCCAUCCCCAACAUCUGGGCCGCGGUUCGCAUCGUCUUCGAGAAAGACGUGGGACCACUCAUGAUCUUCAUGUCUCUCUUCGUGAUGGCGAAUUAUGCCAUGAUUUUCCCUUUGCAGGACGACGUGCGCCGUCGGUACGACUUCAACGAUGUCCAAGUCGGACUAUGCUUCAUUCCGUUCGCCAUAGGAUCGGUACUCGGCACCCUCGUGAUGGGCAGGGUUCUCAGCUGGCAUUACAAUCGCGUGGCAAAGAGAAUUGGGGUGUCGCCUGAUCGACGAAAAGGCGACGACGUAAGGAACUUUCCGAUUGAGAAGGCUAGGUUGGACAUCAUAUGGCCCUGUCUUGCCCUCAUCCUGGCCGCGAUCGCGUCUUGGGGUUGGGUUAUUGAUGCAGGCACGAUUCUUGCUGCGCCUCUCGUAGUCUUGUUCUUCGCAGGGUUUGGGCUUGCGGGGCUGAUUACUAUCCUGUUAACGCUGAUGAUUGACCUGUAUCCGAUGAACCCUGGGCGCGUGUCCUCGUGCUUCAACUUGACGAGAGCCUCAUACUCUGCCGUCAGCACAGCCGUGGUGCUAUACAUGAUUGACGCGUGGGGCUAUGACUGGACAUAUGUUUCCAUGGCAUCGAUUGUUCUGGCCGCCAGCCCUGUCAUUUGGAUGGUGAGGACGCGAGGACCGAAAUGGCGUGAGGAGAGGUAUCAGAGGUUCCAAAGCAGGCAGCAGGAGUGA